UAGCCCCCAAAAUCCCUACUUAGCUUUAAAUCGCUGCCAUCUGCCUUAUUUAUUCCCCUCCCGCGGGCUGCGCGCGCGCUUGGCGGGCUGUACGGCGCGACUCCGGCAAUAAAUGGCUCUCGUGCUACCGCAGGAGAGGGCUGCUGGAGGUCUUUUCUUCCCACUCCCCCACCACGGCGCUGCGUGCAAGCGUGCACGCUCGUGCGCUCGCACGCUCUCCUGCACGUGCACGCUCAUGAACUUGCACUCGGGCACUUGCGCUCUCGGGCGCUUGUGCUCUCGUGCGUGCACACACUUGUAUAGUUGCUCCACGCGCUCGCACCCGCGUGUGCUCGCACGCUUGCACAAUUGCACUGUGCAGCUGCGCACUCAUGCUCGUGUGUGCUCCCGUGCUUGCACGGCUGCACUCAAGCCCUUGCGCUCCCGUGCACUUGCAGUCUCAAAGCCCUCGUGCUCUUGCACCCUCGUGCACCGCUACCACCGCGCUCUCACACACUCGUGCCGUUGCACACCCGUGCACUCACCUUCCCUUGCACACUCAGGCGGCGCACUCGUGCACUGCACGGCUGUGCAGCCGUGCCACUGCACGCUCGCGCCCCCAUGCACCUGCACUCCCACGCACGCGUGCCCUCGUGCCCGCCGCCCCCCCCCCCCCCCCCUUGCACACGUGCGCUUUGGUGCACGCCGGCUCUUGCACGCGGGCGCGUGCCCGCCCGCAGUCACGUGGCUCGCGGGGCGGGGCCUUUGCGCCGCGCUACCCCGUCGCUGUGGUAACCGCGUGGGGCCGCUGCGCGCAUGCGCGGUGGGUCGGACGGCCCUUCCCGCCUCCCCUGAGCUCCCCCCGGCUCCUUCCACGCACCCCGGCUCGCCUCGGGUUUUCCCUCGCCCAGUCCCCUUUGGGCUUGUCCCAGCUCCCCAGAGUUACCUGAGGCUUUCCUGCCCCCAGGAUCCCCUCAGGUUUCCUCCCCCACGGCCUGCCCGAGUUCCCCCUCAGACUUGUCCCAAGUCUCCCCCUUUCCCUUCAUCCCUCCCAAGCUUUUCUCCUCCUUAAUCUCUCCUUUACCCCAGCCAUUUGUGCCCUCCCUGGCUCUCCUUCCUCACGCCAAGUUGUAGGGGGGUCCAUCCCCUCAGUGCCCCCAGCAAGCAGUGAGUGGUCCACCCCACCGAGGGGUGCAGGCCCUGCGCUUAGGCUUGCCCCAGCCUUCCCCCAGGCCUACCCAGGCCCCGAUGCCCCUCAGC